AUGAGUAAACAAGAGCCUCCGUCUAGCUGGGAAGAUGCUGACAUUGAUAAUUCAUUUAGCAAAUUUGCCAAACUAAAUGUAAAUGCUGCCGUCUUUGUGCCAGGUGGUCAUUUUCAGUCCUCAGCUCAACAUCAACAACAAUCAUCUCUUUUUCCACCAACAUCUGUUCAAUCACAUCAACAACAGCAAAUGCCUGCUUCUUCUGUUAGGAUUCGUCCGCCCACAACCCCCCCGUCCACUCCUGUCUCAUCUCGACAUCACGCAGAAAAUAGUAAACAACAAACAAUUGCUGUGGAAAAUAAUCUAAUAGAGAAUGACAGACACAAAAUUGAUACUGAUUCAAAACAAUCACUAACAACAACACAACAGAAUGAACAAGACAUAGAAAAAAUUGUCAUUGAUGAAGAAGAAGGAGCAAAGAUGGAAGACGAUAUUGAAAUGAGUACGAAUGAAGAAACGAAGGACAUAGGAGAAAGAUUAAAAAUGACAAAGCAGUCUAAAGAAAAGAAUAUUGUCAAACAUGACAUAAUUCGGAAGAAAGAUCCAGUUAACAUUAUAUUUUGUGGACAUGUCGAUGCUGGAAAGUCAACGAUAGGUGGACAAUUAAUGUUUUUAAUGGGCCGGGUUGAUAAACGGACAUUGGAAAAAUAUCAAACUGAAGCACAAGAGAAGAAUCGUGAGUCUUGGUAUAUGGCUUGGAUAUUGGAUACAAAUGAGGAAGAACGUGAUAAAGGCAAAACGGUUGAAGUUGGUCGUGCCUGGUUUGAGACGAAUAAAAAACAUUUUAUUAUAUUGGAUGCACCUGGGCAUCGAUGUUUUGUUCCAAAUAUGAUUUCUGGAGCAUCACAAGCCGAUAUUGCCAUUUUGGUGAUAUCAGCUCGAAAAGGUGAAUUUGAGACAGGUUUUGAACGUGGUGGUCAAACGCGUGAGCAUGCUAUGUUAGUUAAAACAGCCGGUGUAAGAUAUAUGAUUGUAUUAAUAAAUAAAAUGGAUGAUCCAACCGUGAAUUGGGACAAAGCUAGAUAUGAAGAAAUUAAGGAAAAACUAACACCUUAUUUGAAAAAAUGUGGUUUUAAACCAGGUGAGGAUACCGUAUUUAUGCCCUGUAGUGGACUGAGCGGUGCGGUACUCAAAGAACAUCCAGGUGAAAAGAUUUUACCGUGGUAUCGUGGCCCAACAUUUAUUGAUUAUUUGGAUGGUUUACCAUCGAUUGAUAGACCAUCGAUUAAUGGACCAUUUCGAAUGCCAAUAGUAGAACGCUAUAAAGAUAUGGGUACUAUUGUUAUGGGUAAAAUUGAAUCGGGUUGUGUUCGCGUAGGGGAUAAGUGUUUUCUGAUGCCGAAUCGUCGAAAAGUGGAAAUAACAAAUAUCUAUUAUGAAGAUAUUGACACGGAUGUUAGUUUUUGCGGUGAAAAUGUCAAAUUAAAAUUAAAAAAUAUUGAAGAAGAAGAAAUUUCACAAGGAUUUGUUCUUUGUGAUGUAAAUGAUGUUUGCCAAGUGGGAAAAGUGUUUGAAGCGCAAAUUGCUGUUCGUGAACAUGCAUCACUUAUAACUGCGGGUUAUUCAGCUGUAUUACACAUUCACAGUGCUGUAUGUGAAGUACAACUAAAAGAAAUAAUAGAAUUAAUUGAUCGUAAAAAAGGUGAACAUACUCAACAACGUUUUAUUACACAAGAUCAAUCAGCCAAAGUUCGAUUUGAAAUAAAUCAAAAUAGUGUGUGUAUGGAACCGUUUGAAAAAUUUCCACAAUUAGGACGUUUUAUAUUGAGAGAUGAGGGAAAAACGGUGGCUGUUGGAAAAGUAUUAAAAAUUAUUGAAUAA